AUGGAAGGUGGAGUAAAUAAUAUUCAAGACACAACAAACGGACGAAACGUUCCUGUUGUAGAACCAGAAGUGAUUAAAUGGAAACCAACGUAUAAAAUGGAGUUUGAUAGUGAGGAAGAGGCAAAUGAUUUUUACAAUGCAUAUGGUGGUCGAAUUGGUUUUAGCAUCCGGAAGGAGUAUGGAAAUAAAGUUAAUGGAAGAAUUACAUCAAGGGCGUUAGUUUGUAGCAAGGAAGGUGUGAAGGGGAUUGAUAAACGGGAUGUAUUUAGAAAGACUCCCCGGGCUGAAACACGAACCAAUUGUGGUGCACAAAUGGUUCUUAGAUAUGACAAGCCAAAGGCAAAGUACAUAGUUUCUAAAUUUGUAAAAAGUCACAACCAUCCAUUCAUAAUUGCUGAAUGCAGCCACAUGAUGCCGUCUCAGCAACGAAUUUCCUCAGUCCAGGCCAUUGAUAUUUAG